CAAUUGAAGAGUUGAAGCACCAGACAUAAUGGAGUUCUCAAAGCUAAAUCCAGUCAAGGUUGAGGAGAUGCAAAGUUCGACGGAUUUCAUUACUCAACUGGGAAGCGAGGAUUUUCUCGUGCAACUUAAAAAGGUUAAGCUGCAUAACAAGUUACUAAUAGAUAAAUAUCUCUUCAUGGUCAUAAAUUCUGCUCCCUUUAUAUAUGAUCGUGGCAAACUAUUCUAUGUUCUUAAAGGGUAUUUUUCUCUUGCUGAAACUUAUAAAAUUGGUUUUGAUACAACCACUUUUUGUGAGCUGGUUCUUCUUGGAUCAAUUCUAAAGAAUAAUUACAAAGAGGAAAGGGUGUAUAAGCUUGUUUUGAAACAUGGAUCCCAAGUAAAUUGGUUGGUGGCGACUUGGAUUAUAUUUGUGUUCAUGGUGAUUACAAAUGUUGAGAGUAAGAAGUGGAGUGCUGCAUUGUCAGAGAGCAAUAGACUUUUGUUUUUCUUACUGGCCAGAGUGCUCCGCAGUAAGAGGACUCAUAAGUGGUAUUUUCAACUGCUUGGUAGGAAGAGGGCGGGAAUUUGUCUCUUACAGCUAACAUAUGAGUUGCCGGAGGUGAUUGCAGUUCAAUUUUUGCGCUUAAAGCAUGUCGUCGAGAGCACGAAAGAUGACAUACCAGUAGCUGAGUUCUCUUGCCAACCGAUUCGGGUCUUGAAUUCAGUUAGUGAUCACAAGUUUUCUUGUUGUAUUCCACUGUGGAGUUUCAAUUGUGGUGUAAAAGAUAUAAAAAUUCUUACUGCUGCAAAGGUUCCUUAUGGGGAGUCAUUAAUGACUACAGUUGCUAGACAGGAAGGAGAUCUGCUCACAUCUCACACCUGCGAGAGCUUUUUAAUUCCUGAGAACACUUUAAUGGCAGAUUGGUGUGUAUGUCCAACUACUUCACAAGACAUCAAAAAAUCUAUUCACACUCACAUUCAACAAGGAGGUCCUGAGCUUGAAAUUAUUGCCAAUUGUGAGCUUACAACCAAGAGUCUUCCUCCUGAUCACUUUUGGACACAAGAACUAUUUGCUGAAUUAGUUGGGAGCAUAGUAGGGAUAUUGAGUGGUGGUGCUGAUGAUAUUCUCAGGAUUACUCUUACCUUCUAUAAUGCUAGAAAAAUCUCCGUUGGUAAAUUCUUGGAGGGCGUUCCUUUAUGUACCCCAGAAAAUGUUAGUGGUACCCCAUGCGUUAGUUAUGAUGAUCAAGCUAAUGUUGUUACAUAUGAUGUCCAAAGUAAAUAUAUGUUACAGAAAUGGCAUAGAAACAAAGGGGAAAUUGCUUUUGCUAAAUCUUUUUAA